AAGGGACCUCCUGCCUGCCUGCAGCACCAGUGACCAGCCACGCUGGGGAAGCACAGGAGAGGAGCAGAUGCAACCAGCUGGGGAGGAGAGGCCUUGGCCAUGCAGCAGCGGCAAACAGCAGAGGAGGUGGCGGCUGGGUUGUGGAGAGUUGCUUGGAGCAGGAGAAGGUGGCCCAUUUCCCAUGGCCGCUGCAGAGGGACGCAGAGAGGACGAGAGGACGUAGCAGUAAGAAAUCAUGGUGCCGUUUAAAGGAAGCAUCCUCCGUUCAUGACAAAUGACUGAUUUCAACAGAUCAGCACCACUGACUGCAGGAUCUAGUCGUAAUAUGCUUAGUGAAUAUGACAUUUCAGCGACACAGGACCCGACCGCAGCGGCCUCUGGAAUACUAAUGAGCCCAGCAGUCCAGAGGAAGAAUUGCUGGUUCCCCACUGAAGAGACACAUGCAGUAAGAGCCAGUGCUUCCCAUCAAAGAGUGACACCCCUUCAUGCCACACAAUAUCGCACAGCAGGAAAGAAAGUGCCAGCAGAGGACAGGAAAUGCAGAGAAUCAGCUGCCUCCUCACGGGAUUUGUCUUAAUCCUCGGUGUGACCAGCACUGAGCGUUUUGCCCGGUCAGGCCGCAGGGUGUGCUCUGCAGAGAUGCAGAACGGAGCCACUUCCUAUGUGGAGUCCCACGUGCAGCCUGUCUACCAGCCCUACCUCACAACGUGCCAGGGACACCGGCUCUGCAGUACGUACAGAACCACAUACAAGGUUGCCUAUCGCCUGGCCUACAGGAGAUUUUCCCAGCCCAUCUAUAUGUGCUGCCCCGGAUGGAGACGGGCAAACGUCCACGCAGUCGGAUGCAGCAAAGCCAUUUGCAGGUUGCCUUGUCAAAACGGUGGGAGCUGUUCAGCCCCAGACAGAUGCACCUGCCCCCCAGGAUGGAUGGGGAAAUCCUGCCAGACAGACGUGGAUGAAUGCACUGGCCCGAGCCACGGCUGCAGCCAGCAUUGUGUCAACACGCCUGGGAGCUACGGCUGUGCCUGUCGGGCUGGGCAAAGGCUUUCCGCCGAUGGGAAAUCAUGCCAGGCUUCGGAGCCACCCACUGAGACAGAGGCCUCCCCCGCCCUCAACCGAUCAGGCGCCUCCAGUGAAAUGAAGGAAGAAAUGCAAGCCCUCCGGAGCCGGGUGGAAGUGCUGGAGCAGAAACUCCAGUUACUGUUGGCUCCAUUCCAUAACCUCAUGCCAUCGGCAGCAGAUGACGUCAGCACAGACCCCAUCAGCCAGCUGUUCUACUCCCUGCGGCAGCUGGAUAGAAUCGAGUCCCUGAGUGAGCAGAUCUCCUUCCUGGAGGAGCGACUGGAGACAUGUUCGUGUAAGAAUGAACGCUAAUAGUAAGAGGAGCAGCACUUCAUUGUGGGAGCAGAGUGAUUGGUAACCCUGGAUUUCCUAUCUCAGCACCUCUUGACCCAGCCUGCCGCAAGAGGCCCUGAAUGCCUUCAGGACCACGUGGGAGAGAGCCAUAAAGAGCUUAUUUUGAUACGAAGGGCCCUAGUGUGUUUUUCUAAGAAUUGAGCUGCUUGGAGACUGAUUUUAAAUUGGACUUACACCUUUGCCAUAAGGGCAAAAAACUAUGAGAUGCUCAGGGUUUAACGCUUUCUUCCAGGCGCUUGGCCCACUGGCACAGCAUCAGCCAGUGCCCUACAAGAGACUUGCUAAAAGUGAAACCAUGUGGUGCUUAAUUUGUUUGUGACUAUAAGGGAGGUGAAAUCUUGGGCCAGCAGUUAAUCGUGUGGUACAGCAGCAGGAGAUGAUCUGUGCAAGCAGCAGCUUGUUUAGCUUAGACGCCUACGUUCUUCGAGAACGAGAUAGCCAGACCUUGCUCUUGCUGACAGCCAGUGGAAAGUUUUGCCUAAUCACACAUUGCGUCACUAGUCAAGCAGAGGGGAGAUAGGAGGGCUGUUUUCCACCAUCUCCUUUUUACACAUGCCUGAAAUUCAAAAUGGACCAAGUCAAAGCUGGUCAGUAAAACCUUCCUCCAUUUGAAAUGCUAGAGGGGGUGGGAAGAGGAUAGAUAUAAUUCCUUUGCUUCUUAAAAAUCGGUUUUAUUUACACACUGAAGCCUGGCACACUUGCUUGUCUAUGUGGUAAGAUAACCAGCCAGUUUUGCCGGCUAAACCAGUCUUGGCUCAGCCUGGGAGGAGGAGUGGCAGAACAGCUGUAUUUAAAGUAGGAACGGAUGCACAUUGCCCAGUUGCCCUGGGUGAAGCCUGCAAUGCUCAUGCCUCUUUGCAUAGUUAUCUCAAGGCUGCUGGAGGAAAGAUCCUAAUGUUUCUAGAGAAACAACGAGUCUAUGGUACAAUGCUUUCCUACCUGUAAACUGCCAGAGACUUGAGGUCUAUUAGCCAAGCACUGUGUAGGGUGGUGCAGUUUUUGUAUUAAAGUUAUGUCCUGUACA